UUCGAGCGAAAUGAAUGCCAUAAACUAUAACGAGUUCAACCGGCGUAGAUAAUACGACCGCUCAGUAGACAUACCGGCUAAGCCAGCUAGGCACAACGACAAACGACGCAUUUUGCGUUAGCGGCAACAUUCUUCACCUGAGCAAGUCGGGAAACUGUGGUGAGGGCGCCAUGUUUGGCCUGGACUGCUGCACUCCCGCGGUGCUUACGAGCGCGGCCGUGCUGCUGCUUUCGUGGGUGCUCUUGCUUCGCCGAUGGUUGUGUAGGAGGCCCCCGCCUGGAACGCGGCUGCCUCCCGUAGUUGCUGGAGCUACGCUGACUGGACACCAGGAGAUGCACAAGGUUGACUUCUACUGCAACAUGGCCAUGAAGUGGGCGAAGGAGUACGGACCCGUGUACAGAUUAAGACAGAACCACGCCAGCAUUGUAGUACUCAAUGACUUCAAUAGCAUCAAGAAUUUCUACUCGCGGAAGGAGUUCCUCAACCGUUCCCGGUUCUGGGUCCUGAAAUCGGAUAGGUUCCAAGGCCUCGCGACAAUGAAUGGCGAAGUCUGGAACUUGAACCGAAGAUUCUGCAUGCACACUCUCCGAGAUUUCGGCAUGGGCAAGUCGUACGCAGUGGAUGACAUAGUGGAGGAGUUCCAAUGUGCCUGCGAUCAAAUCGCGAAAGCAGCGGGCGAGCCCGUGGCCUUCUUCGACUGCAUCAUGCCCUGCGCGUCCAACAACAUCUCGGCCAUAGUGUUCGGCCGCCGAUUUCCGUACGACCAUCCGGCGCGCAACCACUUCAACCGGCUCAUCAAGGAGAUGGCGGCCACCGCUAAAUUCCGUCGCAUCUACCAGUUCAAUCCGGGCUUCAUCACGGCUAUUCUGAAGAGAGUGCGCGGUACACACGUCAACCUCGUUCGUGAAAAGGUGGACGAUUUGGCGCUCUACGCAUAUGACAAAAUAAUGGAACACAAGGCAACGGCGGAAAACGAUGUCAAGCGAGAUUUUAUUGAUGCAUAUCUGAAGAAAGUACAAGACAGCAAUAGCGACUCGGAGGCCCACUUCACAGUGGACACACUGGUGGGCAUGGUGACCAGCUUCCUCCUGGCCGGCACCGCGAGCACCGCUGGCAGCAUCCACUGGCACAUGCUCAAGCACGCUCUGGAUCCGGACACACUACAAGCCAGGGUGCAGCGCGAGAUUGACGAAGUUAUCGGCCGAGAACGUCGACCAACGUGGGAGGACCGUCUUCGCAUGCCCUUCACCAUGGCAAGCGUGUGGGAGAUGGAGCGCUGGAAAACAGGCACGCCGCUAGGUGUACCAAGAGAAGCCUCGGAAGACACCGUCGUCGAUGACUUCUUCAUCCCCAAAGGAACAGUGAUCUUGGCGAACUUCUGGGCUGCACACUUCGACCCCAAACCUCGAAAGCGGGAUGAUGUGUGCAACCUGCAUUUUCCUGCGGCGCUCAAGGUCUCUCCAUGCAACCACGUCCCCAACGUCCACGGCCCCGCCAUCUACGGCCCUGCCAUCUACAGACCCGCCGUCCACGGCCCUCUGUACACGCCCCCUCCACCCGUCAUCUGCUCCGGGAGAGAGGGCAACCGAGGAAAGGACCAUGUGGCAGCCCAACAAAGGCAACAACAUGACAGCAUGAAGGACAAGAAUAAGAAGAGCAAGAAGACGUCGGAGCAGCAGCAGCAGCAGCAGCAGCAGCAGCAGCAGCCGCAGCCAAGCAGCAGCAUCCAGCAGCCAUACGCAACAACUACUCCACACCAUACGCAAAGAACUACUCACACGACUAGAGAAAGAAUUAGAGCUAAUGCGCGUAAGGAUGGGGGAUCAAGAAAGAGAAAAUAG